AUGGUGAGAGGGCUUCUGGGAAAGAUCGCAUCCCGUUCGAUUUCCCUCGCUGGGAAAUGGCAACAGCAGCAGCUGCGGCGCCUCAAUAUCCACGAGUAUCAGGUCCUUUUCUGUUCUCUCUAAUUACUUUGUUAAUUUCGUUUUAUCCUUUGAUAUCUUUCAUUUCUGCAUCUAUAUCGUUUUUUCUACUCCCCCUUCCCUCAGGCAUCGAUUGGUCAGUUUGGUUGUUUCUGCAUUUUAUUCCUUUUUGCACCGUCUCAAGUAUACAAUGCGCCACGAGCUUGGAUUCUGUUUUCGUUUAUCGCUGGGUUUUGCUCUCAUCUGUUCAUCGCCAAUAGUUUCUAGUGAAAUGAAAUUCAGGGUUCAUGUCAUCUGAAUUGUAUCAGUAAAUCCAUUAACCAAUAAAACGUGGGCGUACGGCUGCCUAUCUGAAGCCUUCGUCUCUAUUUCUGAUAUUUUACCCUUUCAUUAUUAAGGCUAUUAUUUCAUUGCUAUCACACUGCACCCUAGUCUUUUCAUCCGUCUGCAUUUUAUUUUUUCAAGGAAGCAUCUAUUUGAUGUUCUAUUACUUUUUCUUAUCCUGUCUUUAAUCUUUAGAAUCCCUGUUACGUUGUCUCUCAUUUAAGUCGAGUUUCUCUAUUGAUAUAACAUCUGGUUUGGAAACAGGGCGCAGAAUUGAUGGGUAAAUAUGGCAUAAAUGUGCCUAAGGGUGUUGCUGUUUCAUCGGCUGAAGAAAUUAAGAAGGCAAUUCACGACGCCUUUCCUAGUGAAAAAGAGGUAAUUUUACUUGCUUGUGAAUACCAUUCCAUCGAGGGAGUGUUUGGAUUGGGUUAGGGGAAGUUACCUUACUCGAGAUUUGCUUUGCUUUUGAUAGUGGCUGGAAUAUUAGCUUUUCACUUGCCUUCCUCUUAUCAUGUGCUUGGAAAUGUGGUUUCGUUCACUGAGCUGACCCUCUAACGUGCAAAAAAACGUGAUUCCUUGUGGAAUGGCAAAGUGAGGGAUGGCUUUUCAUGAAUUUGUUGUCAAAAAAUAUCCAGCUAUCAUUUUCUUUUUUGAAAGUAUUUUAUUACACUUUUGCAUGUUAAUAUGUUUUCUUUUAAACUUCUGCAUCUAUCUAGUUGUCCGCACUUGAAAAAUAUACAAUAGGUAUUACUCUAGGAUUGGUAAUUCUGAUACUUGCUCUCAAGCAUGGCCUCCCCUUAUGGCAUGGCUGGCUAAUUCAGACUAGGUUCCAAUUCAGAGACCUCAAAACUGACUAAGGAACUAAUUCAUUUCCAACCAAGAGAUAUUUUAGUGGAAUGUUAUCCACAAGAGACUCCAUUCAUACGAUUGACGAACUAUUUUAUGAAUAAUAUUCAUGACGCGUGGAAUCUCUGUGGGAGGAGAAAUUCUGGAACUCUUAUUCAUCCUAUGUUCCUCUUUUGCGAGGGUAUUUGGCGAUUUAUAACUCAGCUAUACAGUGGUAAUAUCUUAGUCUCAUUGAUGAUCUGAGGCUUUGGUGAAACCUCGUUGAACUAGGAAACUGGAUUGCACUAUGUAGUGGCUUACUUUGUGCGCAUAUAUCUGGGUGGUCUUCAUGGAUGGAAACAGGCAGUCUUUUAAGUGGUGGGGUGGGAGGAAGAGAGGGAGGGACAUGUGACGAGAUGGAGUGAGUUUGAUUGGUAUCACUGUAAGAGAAUAUUCUCUUCUUUGGGGGGAUCUGAUUUUAUGUUUGGUCAAACACAAUUUUGACAUAGGACGACAUUUUGUGGUGCUAACCAGUCUCAGAAGAGUAUUUUUUUCAAAACAUAAAAUACUUUGAGGGUGUAUUUCUUUUUGUCCCAACAAUUAGGAAUUUUGCAAGCCACACUUUUACCGAUUUCAUUCAACAAUAAAGGUCGAGGCAUGCAUUUUAUGUGCUCUUCUUUUAAGAGUGGCGUCAUUCGUCUCUCUAACUGUAGUGCCAAUACUUCUGCCCACGUUAGCAUACUAGAAACGUGUUCCUUAAAUCAUACCUCCUUAAAUGUCUUCCUUUUUGGUUGCCUCUCACACUAUUCGGAAGCUCUGGUUAAAAGAGGAGUAGCGUGCAAAAAGUUAACACUAGUCAGCUGUAAUUUCUGCAUUGCCUUUACUGUAAACUGAUAUCUUAGCUGACAUACUUUGAUGUAUAUGAAGGAAUUUUUUUUCAAGUAUGUCAUUAACCAAAAAAUGUCUGGCUGCGACCGUUAGUCGACUGUGCUGUAUUUAGUAUGUUAAAGUGACUUGUGAAAGUGACUUUAAUCCUGAUGCUUCAACCCUAUAAAACUUCUCAUUUGUUGAUGUUUCGUUUCUGAACUAAUGGAGAAAUCUUAGAUGAUGCAGAAAACAGAUUUAAAGGUUUAAUGGUAAAUAAGAUUUAUGGCAUAAUAUUUCCUGCAGUAACAUUUUUCUUCAUUCAGUGGUGUUUAUAUUAUUUUCCUUAUACAGUUGGUUGUCAAAAGCCAAAUUCUUGCCGGUGGUCGUGGCUUGGGCACAUUCCAAAGUGGACUUAAGGGUGGUGUGCACAUUGUCAAGACUGAGGAGGUUGAAGGAUUAGCUGGUAACAAGAGUUAUGCCAUGAUGCUUCUGUGAUAAGCUGUCUAGACGCAUAUUAUCAAACAUCCAGGAAGUUUUGCUCGUAUUCCAAAUUAGAAGGCUUCUUAAGAUUACUAGUGGCAUUCUAAUCUUCAUAAUAUAACUUGAUUCUGCACCUCAUAUAAGGAUGAGAGUUUAGGAUUCGAUGUACUGCAUCAAGUUUUGUGCUGCUUGGUUGGGCUUUCUGCAUAAAAAACUUCUUUUGAUAGUUUGCGUGAAAUUCGGUUCUACAAAAAUUCCAUUUCUGCAGACACGGCAUUUCCAUUUUGAGAUAACGCUUCACUGUCCCCCAUUUACUAUAACAGGUCUGCUAUUUGCCGACACGUUGGUUCUGCCACCUGAUCACUAAUUUUCCUGUGCUGACCUGUAGUUCAGAUUUAUCUGUUGCCUUUUCAUCUAUUUCCCUCCGUGUCCUUGACUAAGACCUCUCGUUUCAAUGUUAUACGAUCCAUGUCAUUCUUCAAGAUUAUUGAACAUGUCAUACAAUAAUACUUUACCCUGUGGUUUAUGUUAUUUUCCGUUUUGGCGGAACAUAUAAAAUUGACCAUAUUAGACUUAGAGUCUUUUCCUGUAUUCCAUUCUAUCAGUAUCUUUCGAUGAACCCAAGCAUUUUAAAGAGUGAUUAUUGUCCUAGUUUGAAGCAUAUCAAAGGACACAUGGCUACCAAGAUUUUUCUGAGCAGUUUGGCGAAUCAAUAAUUUCUGCUCUUAUUUAUUGUAAGGACUUUAUUUAUAGUGUAUCUGUUGUGUAUAGGCAAAAUGCUAGGCCAAAUACUUGUUACGAAGCAGACUGGACCCCAAGGAAAGGUUGUUAGCAAGGUUAGUAAUCAUAACCUUGUUCUAUUUCGUUGGCUGAUUCUGAGUACUUCAGAAUCUUUCUUUUUACUAUCAUUCUUUUGAGAAAUUUAGCUGUCCACACUGUGUAUAAUGUACAACUUUUCGCUUUCUUUUUUGUAACUUUUGGAUCUGUACUUUACGUUUUCUGUUUCUUGAUUGUAGAUGCAAACAUGGUGAAAGGAUCCUUUUCUGUGCAAGAUAAAAUGAGAACGAAUUUUGACAUAUGAAGGAACUUUAUAUGUAGUUUUCAUAUAGCGUUUUCCUUUCCUGGAUCAUAUGAUGAAAAUUGUGGCACUAAAAUAACUCAGAAAGCUUUCAGAUAAGUUAUAUUCCAUUUCGGAAGCCAGCCUCCUUUCUACUCCGCUAAUUUUAUGUAUUCCUUUGACUUCAGCAAUCAAUCAGUACAGUAGUCAUUCAUCUUCAGGAAGAGAACAAUAAAGUAUGUAAAUAUCACCAAACGGUUACCUUCAACUAAGGUUUUGAAGGCGAAUGAGGCAAUUAUGGAUCAACCUGUGCUUAGGGGACUCCUAGUUUUAAGUAUAUUUAAACAGAAAAUUAUUUAUUAUUAGAAUAUUUUUAAAGUUAAGCUUAAAAAAAUGUGUUGAAUGAAUUUAAAUCGGAAAUCGAUGGAAAUGAACGAACUGACUUGAAACAGAUGUGAGUAGCUCUAUACUGAGACGAUAUGUAAUAAAUCACUUACUAAAUUGAAAUUUAUUUUAAUAUCAGCACGAACUUGCUCUAUGAUUCACAUAAAAGCCGGUACCUGUUAUUAGAAAUAGCAACUGUUGUUAGGGGGAGAAGUCACUGAGUGCAUCUCUAGUAGACUGCUCCAAUUCACAUUCAGUCAAAUGACUGUUUGCAAGCCUGUUGCAUGAUGUGCUUUUGCAUUUCGUUCCUCCAUCUUCCCUUUGUGUCUCCCAGGCAACACCUUAAAAACUAAAACUGAACGAGCUUGGAUAGGGAUUUUUUGGAUAAAAGAGUUCAACUGAUAUCAUCAUCUUCAUGUGGAAGGUUUUGAUGACACAUUGCCUUCUCGUGAUGGACAUAGCAGUUGUACUGAUAUUUCUGGAGCAUUCAAGCAACUACUUGUGAGAUGCGUCCCUAUUUCUUCUCUGUGGGGGCUGCCUGAUAGAAUUCAUAGCAUCCAAUGGUAGCAGCAUAAUGGUACUUCCCCGCUACUCCCUAUAUAGGAUUCAGCUGGCCCUUUCCGAUCCAAAGCAUUGCAUUUCAAGUCAGCUGAUUCUGAUUCUCUACGAGGCAUGAAAUUGGUCCUAUUCCUGCUUUUUUAAGAAUGACGAUCUAUUCAAAAUCGAGCGUACACAGCCCAUUCCCGAGUAACCUUGACUGCUAGUAACGGGAUCAGCUCGGUUUAUGGCUGAUCUGGCUAUCUACGGGGGCCAUGAAAUUUGCUAUGGACGGAUGAACAUGGAAUAGUGGCACUGCCUGUUGCUGUGACAGGGUGAAUGAAGAAGGAGAGGCAAAGAAUGGACGAAUGAAGAGGAAAAAACUGGACUCGUGAACUUAUCAUUGCCGAUGGCUGCCAUCAGCUGUUUUUUGGCUGCUGCUGUCCCCAGGAGCAUUGUCCCUUGGCACUUACCUCUCAAAUUUCUCAAAAAAGGAUCAAGUAAUAGACGUUGGAAUGCAUUGGAAAGGCUUCUAUUCGACACCUUUUAUUGCAAUUGUGCUUUCUUGUACACAAUGUUUCUGUGUACUUUAUAUUUUUUUCAAUGAUAAUACAGCUCGGCUGAUUCAGCCAGCCUGAUUCAGAUCCAGAUUGGAUCAGGCUUGGCUGUGUCAGUGGCCCAAUCCGACUCGGAGGUCACAAGUCGAGUCGUCGAUCUCCCCUUAUAUCUUGUGUGCCAUCUGCCAGGAGCCAUUUCAGACUGUACUUUCGAACCAAUUUCCCUGCAAUGUAAUAGAUUGAUGCCUUGCCUAAAAGUGGGCGACCAUUUCAAUCCAUCUCUGGGAAUAGAGCUUCACAUUAUCAAGCCUUUGGUGGUGAUCCAAUCGCGAAUGAUUGAUCAUCCCCUGGACAAGUGUUAUAAUCAAGUGCUUAAUGAAUUUUUUAGUUGUUUCCCCUCCACCAGCCCUUGUUCUCUCCAUCAUUUCAUUAGUUGAAACACAGUACUGUCCCACCGCGUCGUUAAGAACUACUGUUGAUGUUCUUGUGAUUUUUUCAUGGUUUACAGUUGUUUCUUUAAUUGUCUGUCCGAUGUCAUAAUUUCAGUUGAUACCUGAAUCUAAUGGCUUGUACGUAUGUUAAAUGUCAGAUGCUAGUUUCUGAUUUGACCUGUCAUUCAAGUGAAGAUGCAGCAAUGCUCAAAUAAUUUUUUCCGCUAUUUUUAGGGGAAAUCUUGCUUCUAUCCGUUACUCUAUGAACUUUCCUUUUUAUUAUGGAUUGAUAAGUGUUUUCGUUCUUUUACAGGUCUACUUAUGUGAAAAGCUGUCACUCAUCAAUGAGAUGUAUUUUGCCAUUACCCUUGACCGUACCACCGCUGGUCCGGUAUGUGCCGUAAUCAAAUGCUUAAUACUGUUCAUUGUUGAUAGUUUUGCAUAAACAUUAAAUUAAAAUUGUCCUUUCCGUAAAACUUCUGCCCCACUUUUGGUCUUCUUGCAUUUCGCUUCAUGGUAUAAUUCCACUUUGGUCUUUAAACCUUUGUUUAAGUACCUGUUCUCGUUUCCCUUUUAUGUUUUGCGAUCUUCAUUUUGUGUGCCAUUACAACUUGUUAUACAUUAAAACCUAGGGUGAUUUUGCUGAAACUGGUAUUUCUCUAUGUUGUUAAUGGUUAACAUCUACUGGUAGUGUUUGAUGCAUGAGUUGUAGCUCUAGGAUGCCUGUCUGUUUGCUAUUGUUAUGGGGCUAGGGUUAUCUGGACAUUCUUGGCAUUGUUGUCUACGUGUUUGCAUUAUCGAAUAGGAGAAAAACUUCACCAGUUCUAUACACAGUUUAAUUAUUUUGAACGAUAUGUGAACUAGAGCUAAGUCAAUAAGCAAUGUUUCAAGUUGAAUUCCGCCGUGGUCGAAUCUGUCGAACAAGCUGUCAGUUGGUUGAUUUCGUUCAGAUUUGGAUAAUACUGAAUAAUUUCAUUUAUAGUGAUGAUUCAUUUACCAUCAGUUGCAGUCAAUUUGCUGGAAAUAUUUUUUGGAAUGCUUUGGAAACCUGAAAUGUGCGAAUCCCAAUUCUCCUAAUGUUUUUGCGAAUUGUUUCUUUUUUCAUAUAUUGGGUUAUGUAUUGUUGCAAUUUAGAAAUCGAUCAUAUUUAUGAAUUUAAAUUGAAUUUUUUUGUAAAUUAUAUUUGCGUUUUAUAAAUUUAGAAAUAUAUAAGACUACUUAGUUCAAGUAGGUACUAAAUCAGAUCUCAGCCAGAAUAUGGAGUUAGCCUGGGAAAAUAAUGUUCAGACGUAUUCAAGUGGAAGGAUAUACGCUCCCCAUAUCUCCAACUACAUUUUCCAUACUAGUGGUCAAUCUCCUAUCAUUUGGUAUCAAUAGAUAUCACGAUUGGUCUUUCCUCCUCGGUUGUUGAUUCCUUAGAUCUGCAGUCUGAAAUGUAUUCAUUCUGCACCGGUUGUUGAUUCUCACUUUUGUCUGUUAUUGUGAGGUUAUAUUCUGUGGUUUUGGGUAAAUUGAUAUUCCUUUCACUUUAUUUCGGUGCCCUUUUACUUCUUUUUUUUUUUUUUUACAGAUUAUCAUAGCCUGUAGAAAAGGAGGAACCAGCAUUGAAGAUCUUGCAGAGAAAUUCCCCGAUAUGAUUAUCAAGGUCAGCUUUAUCUUCAUCUGUGCACUGGCAGAGAAAGAAAUAUGAUAUGACCAAUGAAUCCAGUACCAGAAUCUUACGGUUUAUUUCUUUUAUCUAUUUUCCUGCAAAUCCUCAGUUGCGCAUCGUUUUUGCUCAUCUUUUGAAUAUUUUACUUCAACAUUUUUGUCGUACAAUGUCUUCAGCCUUUUCUGACCCCCUACUUCUGUCGUUAGGUCCCCGUUGACGUUUUCGAAGGGAUCACAGAUGCAGAUGCGGCGAAAGUUGUAGAUGGUUUGGCUCCUAAGGUGGCAGAUAGAAAUGAGUCAAUAGAGCAAGUGAAGCAGCUUUACAAACUCUUUGUCGAAUGUGAUUGCACGUUGUUGGAGGUGCAGAAGAGGAAAUCCUUUUAAGUUCUAAAGCAUGCAGUAGUCUGUGUAGCACCGAAUUGUGUGUCAUUACUCGUUUACUCUGAUUUCGGUUUUUCAGGUCAACCCAAUGGCUGAGACGGCUGACAACCAGCUUGUAGCCGCUGAUGCAAAGUUGAACUUUGAUGACAAUGCGGCAUUCCGUCAAAAAGAAAUAUUUGCACUCCGAGACGCAACACAGGAGGAUCCCCGCGAGGUUUGUAUAUCUGCCAUCUGCUUCCUUCCAGAGCGGACAUUGUUGCUCUGUUAUGAACUCUGUCAUUGGGAUCCCAUCUUCUAUUAUUACGGAAAAAUUGAUCUUUUAUGAUUUUCACUUCAUGUCGUAUUGCCUGGUAGCCUCCUCUCCGGAAUCCUUUUUUUUCAUCGAAAUCCCCAUUGACAAACAACGUUCUCCCCCUUCCACUGGGCGUUUCCGUUGACAUAUAAGAGAAUAUAUCUUGCGAUCCACAUCUGGGAUGGAGUAAUCUUGUGACCACCGGAGUUGAAUCAAAUAUAUGGACCUGGUGGCUUCGAGCAUCAAUCUGUUUUUAGAAUUUGGGUUCCUCUGUUCUUACCUUGCGGUAUUCAACGCCACACUCGGCCAUGAUAUCUUGUUCCCGGUUUGGCUGAUAUGAUAUCUUGCUCCUGUAGGUUGCUGCUGCCAAAGCGGAUUUGAACUACAUUGGACUCGAUGGAGAAAUAGGUUGCAUGGUCAACGGUGCAGGACUAGCCAUGGCCACAAUGGAUAUUAUCAAGCUACAUGGCGGAACUCCUGCCAAUUUCCUCGAUGUUGGCGGCAAUGCAUCCGAAGGCCAGGUCUCUCAUCCAUCCCAUGAUGGUGUCUUUGGAUCGAAUUCCCAUCUGUUCUUGGUCUCCUGGGGUCUUACUCGCCCGCAUCAUAUUGCAUAAAACUGACGCUGAUUUCUUGCUUGGGAGAAGAACAAAUAACUAUAAGCCAUGGUUCUUAAGGUGCAUUGGUGGCUGCUGCAUUCAUAUUUUUUUAUAAAUAUGUGAUAAUUAAGUAUGCAUGUGUAUGAUGCGGAUAAAUAGUUUCCUGAAAUAUUUUAUAUAAUUUUAUACCCGAUUAGAUGCCUUGUGCUCAGACCGAGUUGGCAGAUCCCUCGCCUCGGCCUUGGUUUAUAUUUUUUUCUUGCAUUUUUAUUCCCCUUAAAUCAUGGCCGAUGCCUGAUUUUUUAAUUUUUUUAUUUUUUUAUUGGGGGUUGAGAUCACAGGGUAAAGCUUUUCUCUCUAAAUAAGCGUUGUUUAUUUAUUAUUUUUUAAUAUGCUCAGGUCGUUGAGGCAUUCAAGAUUUUGACGGCGGAUGAUAAGGUGAAGGCCAUUCUGGUUAAUAUCUUCGGAGGGAUCAUGAAAUGCGAUGUCAUUGCCAGCGGGAUCGUGAAUGCCGCCAAAGAGGUGGGUCCCUUCAGUGCACAUCCCACUCUGUCAGGGGAGCUCUCACGAUUAUCUGUGCCGCAAAAACCCUUAGCCUGCUAUAUAAUCAGCGCGGCUGACUCUUCCUGGGUUUGACCUAGAUUUAUUCCCCUCAACCGGAGUCCAGGGUAAAAUGUUUGACUUUUAUUUUUCUUUCGAAACAUAAUUUGAUCCGCAAAAAAGAAGAAGAAGCUGGUGGUUCUUGUUUGAUCUCCUCGCUCUACCUCUUUACGAGGAGGAAUUUUACUGAUUUCUGCCCACCGCUCUGAAGCUCACAUCUCGGUCAACCGUAGCUUUUUUGACUGUCAUUCGGCUUAUGCUCUCUGGGUCAACCCCCCGCAGGUGUCCCUGAAGGUGCCGGUGGUGGUGCGGCUGGAGGGCACCAACGUCGAGCAGGGGAAGAGGAUUCUCAAGGUAAAGAAAGCCGCGCGCUGAUCUGUGUAACCAGACUUUAUGCCACGUCGCCACUAACCAUUUGUUGAUUGACCAGUGAUGCCUCUAUACUUGCUGUCAAUUGUCGUGCAGGAGAGCGGGAUGACGUUGACCACCGCGGAGGACCUGGACGACGCCGCCGAGAAGGCCGUCCGGGCGGCCGCCGCCAAGUAG